AUUAAAAAUUGAUUGGGAAAGAUCACAAGAAAUAGAAACUUUACGUCAAUUUUAUUUGACAACAGUUUUUAAAAACUCGAACGAAUUUGGAAAAAUAUUUUUCCAACGUUAUUCUCGGCUUUAAUUUCAAGUAAUAACGACAUUUUCAUAAUCUGUCAUAAACAUACGAUGCUCUUGAAAUUAAAACUGAUGAAACAGUGAACCAAGUGUAACGGUUGUGGGUGGUAGUGGUAGUGGCCAUUAAUGCCGAUAAGUGGAUACACUAAUGGUGUGGCAGCGACGGUUUUGGUGGCGUUAUUGCUCGUCCCUGUCCAAUACUACAUACCCGAUCUACAAUCAGGACUUCCUGAACCUGCACCGGCACCGCCCUCCGCAUAUUCAGUAUCAUGGGCUCAUUUAGAUGACUACCCGAAAUUCGAUAUAAUUGUUGCUAUUACAUUUGUCCUGUUGGUGUUCGCAAUUUUUAUUUGUGAUUGGAUACAAAGGAAAUUGCUAGAAAGACGCGUCCUCAAGUUGAACAAGUACCUGCAAGAAUGCAUAGAGAACAUCUGCAGCUGGGACGCGCGCCAAGAGCAGCUGGAGACAAUGAUGCAGACAGUUCGCAGCGCCACCGCCGAGUACAGUCUGCUGUUGUUUCUGGUGCUGCGCAAGCACCGUCUGGCGCCGCACAAGGGCCCGCCCUCCUGCCGCUUUGGCGACAAAAUACUCGAAGAUUUUAUUCCUUUCGUAAAAAAUUCUGAGCUCUGACUCUCUCAUAGAUACCACU